GACUUCAAAUUUGAAAGGGAAGCCAUUCUAUUAAGAUCAGCACCAGGCAAGACACAUUCAGAAUGGUUACAGCAUCAUCAUCGAAGGCUACCGGGGCAACUCGCCUCAAACAGGCGAACAAGGCAGUUAAGGAACCUUCCCCGGACGAUGAGUUUUUGGAGUCGGACUCGGAAGUCGACGAAUUUGCAGAGGGAUUCCAGCCAGGUCUGGCAGAAGAGUAUUCUGAUGAUGAUGACGAUGAUGAAGGCAAGGAGGAUGAUGGAGAGGGCUAUGGAUAUGAAGAGAGUGAGGAAGAAGGAAAUGCAAAAUGGGAACCCGAUAACUGGGACGGCAAUGAGGACACUGUCUCCGAAAGUGGAAGCGAUGAUGACGAGGAUGCUGAAUUGAGAAAUCUCCAAAAUAACCUCAACUCAUUGCCACUUUCAACCCUUGCGAAAGCGCAGAAGUCCCUCUCACGCAAAUCUUCUUCUUCUUCUUCAAAUGGCCGAAGCAAAGAAGAGAAACUUGCCCUGAUGAAGUCCAAGCUUGCUCAAAUGCAGCGAAGCAAGGGUAAAGCCGUUGCUGUUCCGGAUACCGACAGUCAUAGGUUUGGAUCAAGGGCACAAGAAUCUGAUGAGGAGUCUGACUCUGGGCCGGAAACUACUUCGUCUACGAAAAGAGGCAGUAAACACGCCCCGGCUGCAUUGAGUACCAAAAAGCAGGUGUCUCGCAAGCGGCAAGUCAUCGAGGUCCCCAAACCGGAACGCCGCGAUCCACGUUUUUCUUCGGUCUCUGCAGGUCAUGCUAAUGCAGAUCUUCAUUCAAAAUCCUACUCUUUCUUGCCUGACCUUCUCCGUCAAGAGUUUUCUGGAUUGAAAGAAGCUGUGGCUGCUGCCAAGAAGGCAGAGAAGAAUUGCCCCUGGGCCGAAAAGCCAAUGAGAACUGCUGAGCGUGAAAGGCUUGAAGUGCAGAUGGGGCAAGUUAGGACAAAACUGGUGAGAACAGAGAAAGAAGCUAUGGAGAGGGAAGUUUUGGCCAAGGCGAAGAAGGAAGAAAGGGAGAAAAGGACUCAGGGGAAGGCCGCUUGGUUCAUGAAAAAGGGCGAGAAGAAAGACUUGCUUCUCAAAGCGCGUUUCGAGACACUCGAGAAACAAGGGGGAAAGACAGCUGUCAAAAAACUUGUGGAGAAGAAGAGGAAGAAGCUUGCGAGCAAGGAGAAAAAGAGCCGGCCCUUUGCGAAAGGAGCAGAGGGUAUGGGCCGGGAUACCAAGAGGCGAAGAGUCGCUUAAAAAUCAUGAUUGUAGACAUUUUAUUGUGUUUCUGUAUUCAUCAAAUACUGUUAGCAACAUGCACGUGGCCCA